AUGUCAUCCAUGUCAUCCAUGGAUGUCGAUGCCAGUAUUUCCAGAGCAAUGAACACUGUUCUGACAGAGACUGAGCGAAAGCAGUUAGCUCAGGAGGAGUCUAAAAAUGAGUUUUCACAACAAGAUGCUAUCAUGGAGCCGACGACAGUGGCAUUUGUAAAUCAGUACCUUGAGGCGGGUGGCGCGCCGUUCAACAUCAUGCACCUGCUAAUGUCGAGCUACGAGGGGCUGGCAGCUAUGGCGAACAUGGUCGCGCACGAUAUUCUCGGGACAUAUGGCGCCGAUGAAAAGACGGCAAUUCUCGAGACGCUGAACAGCAAGAUCGUCGAGAGCUUUGACUAUCAGUCGGCAGAUCGGGAAUUCGAGUCGUCGCAUCCAGCUGCCCGAUUCUGGCGAAAGACAAUCUACCGGCUCAGCGAGCGAUACCCAAAGAGCACGAUGCUCAGUGCGUCGAUACAGUAUAUUGCCGACCAGGGCUAUCAGGCAGAGAUGACAUCGCUCAACUCCGCAUCGCUUCACACCCACGUGUUUUACUCGCUGCUGGCUGAAUGCUUCGAGAAGGUGGCACCCGCAGAUGACGACAUAAUCAAGGAACGCCUACGUGAACUGGUCAAACUGGUGUGUCGGCGCGAGCAGACAUAUGUGGUUGCGCAGUACGUGCUGCGGAAUGUACGGCGGCGGGCUGGUGUUGGUGCCGCAGCACUGGCUCGCAUCGAGGAUGAGCUGGAGGCCGAGAUGCUGGAAUCAUACGGCAGGACCGCAGCUGGUGAUCAAUAUCCGCCUGCUGCUCGAGGGUUUGUGGUGGGCGGCAACGACUCGGUGGCAAACGCAGUGGCAUCGAUCAUCCAGAGCGGACAUGCAGCGCCUGGUGACGUAGUCUCGUUGUACAAGCAGUUCCACGCGGCACAUACCAACAGGGCCGGGGAUGCAGCAUCGAUACCACCAGUGCAUAUACUCCGCAACGACCGCGUGAUGCUACCCAUCAUUGAGCAGGUGUUUGGCCAUUUGUGGCACAGCACGCAGUUCAAUGAGCGCACCGAUCUGAUGGAUAAAUACAUCUGGCUCAUCGCAUACGGCACGCUGUGCACUGGCGACGGCACCCGUGCGGACGAGGAAGACGGUACCACCAUCAGUCAGCUCGUGGACCAGCUCAAGGAGAUCCGUACUGGACUGCCGAUCAGCCCCCCGCAGACGCUGCUAAACAAAGUAGUGCGCAAGGUGCUCGAGUGGAUUUCGGUACCUAUUCUGGCACGGAUCGUGCUCCUGUGGGUGCGCGGUGUCAUUAGCUACAGCGAUUUCUCUUUCUACCAGCUGUACUAUCGCACCUCAGAAGCGCCGGUUCCACUGCUUCUGCUCGAGGAGAUUGCAUACCGGCACCCACUGCAGAAGCCGCAGGUGUUUGCUGCAUAUUGCGAGAGCUUUGAGUCGAAGGUGCCUGGCUUCCCAGCCGAGAAGCAGAUCAAGCUGCAGAAGGCGGUGAUUAACCGCAUGGCGGUGCUGGUGCAGCUGGACUACUCGGCGCCUGUGCUGCGGUACUUUGACAACAACUCCGAGUACAUGGACGAGAGUAUCGUGGUGUAUUUCAUCCAGCGCACGUUGCAGCAGUUUGAGCCGCCGUACCCGUCUGAAUUCGCCAAGCCUAUGACCAAGCUGAUCGUGCGCGCCUGGAACGGUGUCAAGGUUGCCGCCGAGAAGGAAAAGGCCCAUGUGCGGGUGUUCCUGGCUGCAAUGGCGGGCACAGACGGUGUGGCCCGCCGGUUGCUGCAGUCGCUGCCAGAGCCCGUGUCGCCUGUCGCUGAGUAG